CGGCACGUGAUCGAAUAUUUACUCCAAUAAUUUUUUUUUGGUACUACAAUUUUUCAGAGUACGAUGAUUCAUACUGAAACCAAAGCUGAUUACAGCACCAACACCAACAAAAUGUCUGUCAUAACUCCGGAGAUACAAUCUCUUAUUGAUCCUGUUGUAUCAGGAUUGAAGCGUCAUCAAAUUGUGGGUGAUAAAGUCAUAGCAUUGGCCAUAUGUCAUUUAUUAAUGAAAGUAAUAUCAGCUGCGAGAUGGACUAAUCCAUAUGAUUUAAUUAAUAUAAUUAGAAAAGUUGGAACUAUUCUUAAUACUGGAUAUCCAAAAAAGAUUAUAAGUGGGAAUAUUGUUCGUAGAGUAUUGGCAUUAAUUCGUGAUGAAAUUGAAACUGAAAAUAAUGAUAAUACACCUAUGAUGAGUUCAAUGUUUAGUUUAUUAUCAACUAAUAGUACUGGUAAUCAAAAAGUUCAAUAUAAUCAACUGAAAAAGCAAAGUAGUGAUUUUAGAUCUAUAAUUAUUCAAGGUAUUAGAGAUUUAGAAGAUGAAAUUGCUAAUGUAAAUGAAGGUAUUGAAACAAUGUCUGUUGAUCUUAUUCAUGAUAAUGAAAUUUUAUUAACUCCCACUCCAACUUCAGAAACUGUUUUACAAUUUUUAAUUAAAGCAAGAGCUAAAAGAAAGUUUACAGUAUUAGUUACUGAAAGUUUCCCCAAUGAUAUUAAUACAUCUCAUAAAUUUGUUAAGAAAUUAGCAGAAAAUAAAAUAGAAACUAUAUUAAUUCCUGAUUCAACUGUAUAUGCUGUUAUGUCUCGUGUUGGUAAAGUAAUUAUUGGAUCUUCAGCAGUUUUUGCUAAUGGAGGUUGUUUAUCAAAUUCUGGUGUAACUCAUGUAGUUGAAUGUGCCAAAGAACAUAGAACUCCAGUAUUUGCUUUAGCUGGUUUAUAUAAACUUUCUCCAUUAUAUCCAUUCAAUGGUGAUGAUUUAAUUGAAGUAGGUAAUUCUGGGAAAGUAUUAAAUUAUGAUGAUUUUAAACUCAUUGAAAAUGUUGAAAUAGUUACAAAUCCAUUAGAUGACUAUAUACUGCCAGAACAUAUUGAUAUCUACAUUACAAACGUUGGAGGAUUUGCUCCUUCAUUUAUUUAUAGAAUCGUAUUAGAUAAUUACAAGACAGAGGAUAAUAAUCUCGAAUAAGCAAUGUAUAUACAAGAUAUUUUAAUAUAUAAUUCAUAAUUCAUAAAUCA